AUGCAUGUAGGCGCAGGUAGACACCAGACAGAUGGGCUGCUUCAUGCUGGUCAACGAAGGCUUAGCCGGACCGGAUCCAUUCCAAAUUCCCUCAGUGCCUUGGAAAAGCUGACUUAUUUGGAUAUUGGACAGAAUGCUCUGAGUGGGUCUAUUCCGUUCACCAUCGGCAACAUGAGCAACCUCAUGGAAUUGUAUCUAAACAACAACGCUCUGACCGGCUCUAUUCCGUCCACCAUCGGCAACAUGAGCAACCUCGCUAGAUUGUCCCUUGAUCACAAUGCGCUGACUGGGUCUAUCCCAUACACCAUCGGCAACAUGAGCAACCUUGAAUCCUUGUGA